UCAUGACUUAUCACAUGAUAAGAUUGUAGUGCACCUUUACCUUAUCUCAGACCGUGCCAGUAUUUCAACAGAGCUUGGGCACCAACAGGAACAAAAUGAAGACAGUUGGGUAUAUUUUCAUCUUAUCGCUGUCUGUGGCAUUGUGUGAUAACAACAAGCGCGACUUACUGGAAAUACUGGGACUUAUUCACAAGGACCCAGGUUUUCAUACCCUGCCAGCUGAUACCCAGCUCACCAUUGUGGAGUUGGUGGCAGCAGCUGAAAAUGGUGUCCUUGUUCGUUAUGUCGACGAUAAAGGAUUUUUAAAAGUACUUCUGGCUUUAAGUGUUGGAACAUCCAUACAACAGAAAAGCCUGGAGUCCUAUCUACUCAUGCACAUGGAGAUGGAAUACAGCAAAACAACAACAACCUCAACAACGACGACAACGACGACGACAACAACGACAACCACAACUCCCAAACCACAAGUUGUGGCAGUAGGCACUGGUCCACUCGGUAAAAGGGACAAUGACAAUUUCCUUCAGCAUUCUAUAUUGAGUAGUCCAGCCUUUCAACAGCUGUCAGAGGACAAGAAAGAGAUAAUCCGCAGAGUGUUGGGUGCUGUUCAAAGUCACAGCCUCACACACACCAUAUUCCAGCAACAGGGAAUAGGCUUCAUUCAAAGUCUAAGACUCCCCGCUGACCUUGCUCAUAAACUCACGUUACUCAUUAUGCACGAAUUAAUGCUUGAGGGACACAUCGGGAAAUUCGAACAGAAACACGACGAUAAGUAAUGAAUACGCUGUGUAUAUCUUCACUUAUUCUUAUUAAAACUAUGGGGAAUCAA